GUCAGUUUGUCAAACGUCAAUUUAAAAACUGGUAAAUAUCAACAAUACAAAGUUCUACAUUUUUUAUUUUAAAAACGAAUUGUUUUUAAAAGUUUACAUCACAUUUACAAUAGUCCCAUGUAUCCAUUAAUUAAAAAAGAUGCCUGCAAUGAAUUUAGCAGACCCAGAACUAGAAUUGAUAGAUCCUACGCCAAACGUUCAUGCCUUGUUCAUUCAAUUUGAUAAAGUAUUCUUUUACACAAAAUUGGCAAGCCGAGCUGUUGUGCGAUGGAGUAAACGAAUGUACUCCUGUGCGGGAAUUUGUUCAUAUGACAGAGGAGGGCUAUGUGACAUAGCAUUAAGUGAACCCCUGUUGAAACUUAGACCAAGGAAAGAUCUAGUGGAGACACUUCUACAUGAGAUGAUACAUGCAUUCCUCUUCAUCACAUGCAAGGACCAGGACCGAGAUGGCCAUGGACCCAAUUUCAAGGCCCAUAUGUACAGAAUCAAUCAAGCUGCGGGUUUGAAUAUCAGUAUUUAUCAUGACUUUCAUGAUGAGGUUAAAUUAUACCAAACUCAUUGGUGGAGGUGUGAUGGACCAUGUCAGAACCAAAGGCCCCAUUUUGGAAUUGUUCGCAGACCAAUGAACAGAGCACCUGGCCCAUAUGACUACUGGUGGAAUGACCAUAAAAGAAAAUGUGGAGGAACAUUUGUUAAAAUUAAAGAACCUGAGAAACCGAAUAAGAAAAAGGUAGCUAAACCAACUUCUAACAAUGAUAUUACCAAAUAUAUAAACAAUAACAAUAAAGCAAUUAUAGAUAAAAAUAAAACAAAUAGUGUUGUUGCUAAACCAGUUCUUAAAGAUUCCAAUGUUAUUAACCCAAAAUCUAAUUAUAUAAGUACACUAGAUGUUUACAAGACAAAUAAUAUUGUAUUUAAUCCGCAAGUACCGAAACCUGUUCCAUUUAGUGGAAACGGCCACACAAUUAGUGACCAAACAAAAUCUAAUGACUCCUCAAAUGUAUUACAAACUGUUCGAAAUGUUUGGGCAAAUAAAAGUAUUAACAUGUCUGUAACAGCUAGCACUGGUCCAAAACAACCACAAAAAAGGAUUAGUACAUCACCAAGUAAAGAUAAAAAUAUACAUUUACCACCUAAAAAAAUAAAGAAAAUUGAUGAUUAUUUUAAAACUACUGCAACAAACAUGUUAAAAGAUUUAUAUGGUCAGGACUUUGAUCUUACACAGUCAAAGAAAGAUGAAAAACUGAUUGCAGUUCCUGUUAAAACAGUGCCUGUUAAUAAUUUUGUUGGUAGCCUAAAAACAAGUGUAGUUGAUAACUUAGUUGAUUGUCCUAUAUGUAAUGCUAAAGUAGGUAGUGAUAAAAUUAAUAGACACUUAGAUGAAUGCCUAAGUACAGAUGUUAUAGAAGAAUUAAGUCAAGAGACUGUUCAGAAUGGAAACCUAACUGUGAUAUCUAAUAAUAGUCCUGAUUAUAAGAAAAUAGAAAAAGAUAGUGUAGCAAAACCGAUAACUAUUAAAGAAGAAUGCAUAGAUUUAACAAAUAUAUGGAUAAAACCAGAUGACAAAGAAUAUCCAAUGUCUAAAAUCAAUGUAAAAAAUAAAAUCGAAGUCAAACCAGAAAAUUACGACAAAAUAAAAACAGAACAAGACAACAAAAUAGAUAUAAAAAUAGAACCUAGUAGUAGUAAAACAGCAGAUGAACAUAUAUGUCCAUGUUGUGGGAAUACAGUAACGAAAACAGUGGAAGAACACUUAGACGAAUGUUUAGCAUUUUUCGAUAAUAACACUACAAUACCUGAAGAAGGUGCGUCUACGAGUUUUGCAAAUGAAACCAUAAUAAUCGAUGAUGAUGAUAUACAUGAUGAAACAUUACUUUUCAAUGAAACGGGGACAAAAACGCCUUGCCCGUGUUGUAUGAAGAUGAUUGAGAUGGCCGAAAUGAAUAGACACCUGGAUGUCUGUUUACUUAGAGAUUAAUUUUUUUGUUGAGACUUGCGUACUUAUUAUUUUGUGAAUAGUGUUUUCCUCAAUGUAUCACCUAUUAUGUUUUAUGUUAUGUUUUCUUCAGUUAAUGAUUUUCCUUCAAUAAUUUCUAUUUUUAACUCUAUCACUCCUUAGUCGUUAUUUUGUAUAAUUAUAAUUUAUGAUUACAAGUUGACAAGAUUCGACGUGUUUAUAAUUUAGAUUAGUUUGUAAUUUAUUUAUAUUUCUGUU